AUGAGUUUCGAGGAGAAAAAGAGCCUUCUUUUUUCGUCGUUGGAAACAGCCGAACAGAGCAUUGCGGCCGAUUCCAUACUACACCAGGAAAUGGUGAAAGAAGCGGACUACAGUCCAGUGAAGAUGUCCAAAUGCCGUAUAAAACCGAUCCGUGUCGACAGAUACCAAGGGCGAGAGAGUAUCUUUAAACGACCGAACGCACCGAUCGGACAUUGUCUGAAAAGAUCUACAGCCCAUCUUCCGGACUAUAAGCGUAACCCGCACAAAUGGAUCAAAUACUCGCUGGAGGAUGUGGACACUUCCGAUCGAAGCAACAUGGCGGCCGCAUUUUCCUUUCUCAAGCAAAUGGAAGAACAGCGUGAAACGACCGAAAAUGAAAUGGACGAUGGAAUCCAGCAGCAUUCUUCGGCUCAGGCCUGCAGAUCGAUCGUUCGGUUUAAUCGGUCGGUAAGGCUAAGAGGUCAGCUAAAUGAAGCGGAUGAACCGGUGGAAACACCCGUUGAGGACAGACCACAGUUCAAUGGUCGAAGAGUACUUAUGCCCGAAUACGUUGUGGGACAGAAAAAUCCGAAAAGAGUAAAAUGGACAAAGAAUGCACGGAAACCUGCUACCGGUAAUGGCAAGGGAACCGAAUUACAAUUAGACCAUCUGGUAGAAGAAGAGGAAGAGGCCGAUCACGAUGAACAAGCGGAUAUGGAAUAA